AUGCAUUUCCCGCAUUCCUCGACACUUUUGCUCCUUCUCGCAGCUGCGACAGCUCGCGCCGCCGAUACCGCGACAUCCUCAACGACAACGAGUGCACCGGCAUGUACGGCAGCAUCCAAGAGCGGCAGCGGGGCUUUCUACGACUUGCGGCCGGAUAUCGCCGUCAAGCCCGAGGAGGGCAAGUCGUCCAAGUCAGGCGUCAUAACCGAUUAUCAUGCCAGAGGAUGGGACUAUGGCCGCAACUUCACCUUGAACAUUUGCGCGCCAGUCAUUGAGGCACUUGACGACGUUGAAGGCUUGACAAAGAGCGAAUCCAAGAACGUUAGCGCAUUCUAUGAAUACAAGAAUGAGGUUUACUCCAUUGGGCAUGUAUCCCACAAACACCUUUCACCGGAAGCGCAAAUACUGAUAACAUUGAUCUUCAGGUCAUCAUCCAUGGAUAUCCAGACCCGUGGGCGCAUACUCGUCCUGCAAUACAAGAACGGUUCCCCAUGCGGAAAGACCAAAUCGAAACGAUCCAAGGCCCACGAUGGCGCCUCCUACAACAAGUACGCCGACGAGGAGGAAGCCACGGCUUUGAGCGCCUUUGGCAACACCCAAAACAAGGUCACUGCCGAUAAGGACGACUCAGACUCGACCAUGCGCCGAAAGUCUGCCACCAUCUCCUUCCACUGCGAUACCGAGCAGGUCGGUGGAGCCGCGCAUAUCUCCUUCGUCGGCUCAGACCCUGACGACUGCGCGUACUUCUUUGAGGCUCGUUCCCAGCAUGCGUGUCCCAGAGCCGAGCCGCAUCAGCCCGGCAGCGUCGGUCCCGGCAGUGUGUUUGCCAUCAUCUUUGUUAUUGCCGUCCUCGUCUACUUUGGAGGUGGCGUGUUCUACCAAAGGACUGUCGCGCAUGCGCGCGGUUGGCGACAGCUUCCCAACUACAGCCUCUGGGCUGGCAUUUGGGGCUUUGUCAGUCUGCUUCCGGGGAGACGGGGAUACAGCCAUCUGUCUGGGUCACCGAGCAGAGGCCGCAACCGUGAGGAUGAGAACCGACUGAUAGACCAGCUGGAUGAGGAGUGGGACGAUUGA